AUGGCACCUCUCACCAACCAGAUCACCGUCCUCCCGAACCCGGCUGUCGAUGACAACCCGAGAGACAUUCCUGGUUCUCCCGGUUCGGUCCGGUCCUCGCACAAACACCUGAAGUUUGGCGUCACCGGAAACCGCCAGCUCUCGCUGCAGAUCUAUAGCACCACCAACACCAACCAUCCCACCGGCUAUGUCGAUAACAAUGCUCCUACGGGGACUAUCCAUGAGCCAGGCACCCUGGCAGGGGCCGUGCAAAACAAAAUUGCUGUGGUAUACGGCAUUGCCAGCUCCGGAUCCGGGGAAACUGGCAACGUGGGUAUCUGCAAAUUGAGCCCGUACUACAAUCCCAUUGCGAGCGAUGACGGCAAAGGCCCCAUCCAAACCAAUCUCUGGUCGCUGACGGCCUGCGAUAAUCGCGAUCAGCGCAACUGGAUCUUCUUCCUCAGGAAGGAAGGCACUGACCAAGACUCAAAAAUUGUGUUGGUCCAGCUUGUGAUUGAUGAGCUGGACCAGGCCGCUGUGACGCCCUUGAAGGUGCCCACCACCAUCGGGGCGAAAUCGCGACUGACCAGCUUCUACGAGAAAAUCCCGUUUGUAUUCUUCGUGCAUGAGGGUAAACGUCGGGGGAUUUAUUAUAUCAAUUCGACCCAAGCCGAAAUUGGUGAGUCGCAUCCCUUCCGUCUACAAUCCCCUGCGACAGGCACUGAUGGAGAAAAUACAGCCAUUCCGAUCAGGAACACGAACUCCGUCAUUGAGUCGAGUCCCCUGGCGAUUGUGACAAACGUGUCCACGCACAAGAACAAUCAGGUCUUCCUCCAGCUGACCCUGUACUAUGUCGAUAAUAACGGCUUUCUGUCCUACGUGCUCGGGACGCUGGAAAAAGACCAAAUCACCUGGUUGGAUGCCGGGGAGACCCUGGAAAAUAUCGAGGUGGAUCAGACCUCGUCACUGUGCGCCAUCAAUGGAGCUGACGGCAAGACGCACUAUAUCUAUCUGGUCCCCGACGGAGGGGCCGCCGGGGCGUAUAAGGUCUUCACGACCACGCCCUGGCAAGUUUCACCCCCUCCCUCUUGA